ACGUUCGAGUCAAUGCGUGUUUUCGCAAGGGGCGUGGCGAGGCCAGUAGAGGUGGUAGGCCUGGACAAUACCCAGUAGGCGUCGCGUCGCGCAACUGGUUCUGGGUGGUGGCUUUGCAAAGGCGCAAGUCAACUUUCUUUACAGUUGUUGUCUUAGUGGCAACUAAGGUAAAACACCAUGUCUGGUAAAAAGUCAGUCAAAUCGUUAUUGGUGAAUGCGCUAGAAGAUCUGCGAUCUAAAGACUUGAAGAAAUUCCGACACACAUUGUGUGAUCGUGAGCAACCGCGGUUUGGCAGACGGGCUGUCGAAGACGCUGAUGAGUUGGACUUGGCCGACCUAUUAAUUCAAGCAUGCACGGAGGCAAAGGCUGGACAGUUCACUAUUGACAUCUUUAACCAACUUCAGUUCACGGAAGACGCAAAGAGACUUACAGAAGCUAUGGCCUCAGCAGGAGUCUCAGAUGCUGGAAGUUCUCAGAGCACCUCGAAACAUGUCACAGGAGGUUUGCACUUCAUCGAGAAGCAUCGGAUCGCCCUGAUUCAGAGGGUCUCCAUGGUGGAGCCUAUCCUGGACCAUCUGUUGUCGAAGGGCGUCAUCAACCAGGAGAUGUACCAAACCAUCCACGUUCAGCCCACCAGCCACAGCAAAAUGAGGGAGAUAAUGGGGCUAGGCAACAUUCGCUGCGGGAAUAAAGGCAAAGACAUCUUGUACGAGGCCUUGACGGAGCUAGAGCCCUUUCUCAUGGAUGACCUGAAGGAAGCUUUUACCUGGAGACGCCAGGCCCUGACUCACCUGGGCUCGCAGUGGAGCUAUCUGGCUGGAUUCGGUGUUGAUGCGGUGGAGUUCUUUGGGGACCCUCUGGUCAUUGUUGGCGUGUCGGGCGCGCGACUUAGCGAAGCUUCUCGCUGUGGCUGGUGCAACAAAAAGCAACUGCUCAAAGCCAAAAACAAACUGAUUAAAUGGCUGCGUGUUGACAAAGACCUUAUUUUAAACUACGUGCAAUCAGACGGCAUUAUAACGGACAGUGAGUAUGCAGCCCUGAAACAGGAUCCAGUGCCCGAUAGUCGCAAUGGUGCCCUUCUCGACAAGGUGUAUGAUAAGGGAGAGGACAAAUGUGCACAGUUUCUCGAGUUGCUGAAGGAUCGCGACUUACAAGAAACGUAUCCAACAGAGAUGGCCGAAUGGGUGUCCUCUGUUUCAGAUUCAGGUUCAAGAGAAGGCAGUUCUGCGAGUGCAUCGAAAAAUAUGGACGGAGAGAAGCACUUCAUCGACAAACAUCGAAAAGAACUGAUUAAGAGAGUGACAACUGUGGAACCCAUACUGGACGAACUGCUGGAUCAGGGCGUUAUCACCCAUGAGGAGUACAGCAAUAUCCGCUCCAAGCCAGAUAGCUACGCAAAGAUGAGGGAGCUCAUGGAUCAUCGCAACAUCCGUGAAAGUCAAAAAUCCAAAAACAUCUUGCAGAAGGCGCUGAUGGAGAACAAUCCCUUCCUUAUGGAUGACCUGAAAUAAGGGUACUCAUGCUAGUGAGUCGAUCAAAACGUGUGAAGAGAAAUACUGCAUGUUAAGGGCAUUUUUAACCAUGUCUUCCUUUGUAUUCCGUUCUUGUAUGGUUAUGGUUUCACUUAAUUUUACUUUAUUUUCCAGUAUGUUUAUAAAGACCUAUUGCCAGUUUUGAUACUGUUAUUCUAUAACUUCUAUAAAUAUUCUAUAACCGGUCAUCACUAUCCAUCCAGAUAUACUAUGAAGCACUGGCACAAAAUUUUGCCUAAUACUUAGUCACUUUUUUCUAUAUGUGAUGAUGCAAAUUAGUUUUAAAUUAGAAUUACUAUUCUUCCAUUUUAACAACUUCUUGGUGAAUAUUUAAAUACAGAAACUCAUUGAUUAUUUACUGUACACUCAAGACAUGCAUAGUAACGCACUUUUGUAAUAGAAUGUGUGUAUUUGGAAAAUGGCUAGUUUCUUGACAGUUUUUGGCUGACUAGUUGCAUGUCAGUGUGUUCAGUGUUAGCUGAAGGCAAGGAAACUUAUGAGAUCACCUCAAUACUUCUUAAGUGGUGUAGGCUUUUAUCUCAUUUGAGCCUUAGACCAUGUUUACAUGUACUGGUAUAUGGAUAUUUUUUUGUAAACACAUAUUUCUUAAAAUUUGUU